GUAAGCUACGUAGCCCAGUGUAGCCAGUAUGUAGAGUAGUCAAGUACUAGGCACACCUCUGCGAUAACAAUCAGUCGAUUCAUAUACAAAACUCGCAUUGAGAAGCAGCAGCAAGAUGAGCAGGAAUUUAGAAAUAACUUCAGACGUGAACUAUCUCACAAUCGAGGGCGUUUGUCGCAACAAAAAUGAGAUGCCAAAGUAUUUAACCGAAGAAUUGGUGAAUGAUGUCUUCCAAGUGAUCCAGAAGGAUGAAACAUAUCAGACGAAAAUUUCCAGCAGUGAUUGCACCAACUAUCGUAAGAAAAUCAUUAAAAAUGAUAACGAUGAUAUGGAUCCGCGACUCAAAUGCUGGAAAAAGGUGUUGCGCGACCGCAAAGUGUUGCAGGGCCGAAUUGAACGGCACACUGGGAAGCGGGGCGAGGAUGUGCUCUUCAAUCGGCAUGCCACCAUCGAUGAGCAGACCAAGCGGAUGCUCUUACGUCUCAUGGACUCGGCCGAGCGCAGCGAAGGUGUGCCCCCCACCCGAGUCGGGGGUGCGCUAAAGAUGCGCCAGCAACUGGAACUGUGCCGUGAGUUGCCCGAAAUGCGCGUCACGGAGCCCAAACUGCAAACGCUGGAAUUUGUGGGCCUGCCACAGGUAACACAGCUGGAGCUGGCCGGUACACAAGCGCCGGGCGAGAGUCAAUGGCUGCGCUCGGAGGUGUUGGGCGAGCGACUGGAGGCACAGGCGGAAAACAUCAAGCGUGUGCUAGCAUACUGCCCCGAGAUGGAACAGCUGCAGGUCUCAUCGCUGCCCAAGCCGUCCGGUGUGCCAAUCAUGGACAGCAAGCGCCUGGGCGAGGAUACGAUGUUCGAAGUGUCGACCGAGACAAGCCAGGCUGCAAUGGCCGUGACUGAAGCUAUCAAAGAGCAGCCACUGCCGCCGCCGCCGCCGGUGGCCGACAAAAACGCCGCCUGGACCGUUAACAAUGUGAUCAGAAUCAAUGGACAAGCCUAUGGCUUCGGCGACAUCAGCGGCGUCCUCAGCAGCGAGCUGCUUCUGUACUUUAAGUGCGAUCCGAUACAGCGGGUGUGCAAGACCAUCGUCCAGCUGAAGAACAUUGGCACCAAGUUCGUCCAAGUACGCUGGCAGAUGAGCAGCCUUCAGAAUAAGGAGCUGCAGCAGCACAUGGUCUACAACUCGGAAUUCCUGUUCGACACAAAUCCCUUUGUGCUGCUGCCCGGCGAGGAGCGACGCAUCGAUGUCAUGUACCAGCCCGUUAAGGUGGGCAUCAAGAAGCAGCGCUGGUGCAUGAACAUGUUGCGCUCCCCAUUCUGUGGCGCGCGUCGUCUAUAUGUUCGCUUCCAUGGCAUCUGCACGCUGCCCGUUUGCCAUUGCGAACGACUCGAUCGGGAUCAGCGUGUGGUCGUGGACAAGCGCAACCAUCAGGUCGCCGAGCGACUGACUAAGCUGCAUGCCGAGCUGGCGCCCAUUGUGGAUUGCCCCACAUUGCAAUGUCCCUACGAGCGUUCCCUGGACGAGCGUGAGCUAUUUUCGGCACAGAAUCCGGGCUUCAAGUGCGUACGUUAUGCGGAUCUGGAGACGCUCAAGGAGCUAUAUUCGCUGGUAAAGAAGCCGCGCCAGCCAGCCUGGGAUUAUCGCCUGGACACGAUGCGGCAGUGCAUCUACCAGCACAAGCCGCAGCAGCGCGUAACACUGCAGAAUAUUCUCAGCGAGCUGCUGGGACCGAUGCGCUGCAAUUCGAAUGACUCGUUCGGCGAUUCGCAUUUCAAUCAGCACCGCGAACGCUCCUGUUUCCUCUAUGUGCGCGGCAUUGUUUGCAGCACCAUUGAGGAGUGGGAGGCCCUGAGCGAGACCUUGGGCCAGCAGUUUUUCAAGUGCGAUCUGCAGCGCUAUGUUAAUGAUAUGGAAGCGGAGGGCCAGAAGCUGCCCAUUGAUUCAGACUAUGUGGAAUGGCUCGUAUCCAGGAAGGUCAUGAGUAGCAAGUAUUUUAAGGAUGCGCUUUAUAUACAAACCUAUACGCUGGUCUGUGAUGCCGCCGAGAAUAUUGUGUCCGCCAUCGAGAGCACUGCGAAUCUGUGAAUCAUAUGCUAGUCGAGGAUUUUGUGAACAUCUAGUUUCCGUUUGUCCUUCAAUUCGAAUUCGAAUAUUUGUACCUUUUUUUUUUAGAGAUUUGUAGCGCCCCCCCCCCCCCUGACUUGCCAAAAAGCAAUUCCAAAUCAAAAUCGUUCACUAAAUAUAGUAUUUCAAUGCUUUAGAAAAGCAUUCAUAUUUCCAAUAUAUACCUACAUAACAAUUAUAAUCAAUCAUGGAGCCCCAACCGAACGGCCGAACCAAAGGGGAUGAACAGAAAAUAUUCGAUACGUUGUUCACACCGCUGACAA